AUGACCCAGGAGUCUCUCACCAAUGCGGUCGCUGGACAGUCCUUCUUUAUGGAGUCCAGUCAGGAGAAGACUUUAAACAUCUUAACAGAGAAGAUAGCUGCCAUGGUCGCCCAGGAAGUCAAGCGGACAUGUCCUGUAAAGUAUAAGGGGGAGGACUUGACAGUAGAGGGAAGGGUUCGUUCUGGCUCCUCCUCCAGAGAAAACACACAACAGACAGACAUAGCGGGUGCGGUCUAUACUCGCUGGGGACGGACAAAAUGUCCCAGCUAUUCUACCACUUUGUACCAAGGUUUGAUGGCCGGGUCACAUUACCAGCACAAGGGUAGCGGUAGCAACCAUUUGUGCCUUCCUGUAAAUCCUCAGUGGAACAAGACUUUUGGCGGAUACCAGUUUGAAGCUUACCUGUAUGGAUCUGAGUUUGAGAUUUCCUCAAACCAUCGGAUCUUCCACCAGACGAACUCAGGCGGGGAUUUCUUCCACCAAAGGGACAUCCAGUGUGCUGUCUGUAACACACCGGGCAGAGCGAGUCACGUGAUGAUCCCAGCCCGCCUGGAGUGUCCAAUCGGAUGGACCGUGGAGUAUCUUGGGUUUCUCAUGGCUUCACAUCAUACUCACCGCAGGUCUGAGUACGUGUGCGUGGAUCAGGAUCCAGAUACUCACCCCGCCACCGCUAAAAACGUCAACGGCAAUCUGCUGUAUAUUGUAGAAGCCGUGUGUGGCCCACUGCCGUGUCCAAACUAUGUUGACGGUUAUGAAGUUACUUGUGUUGUUUGCACAAAAUAAGUCGAAGUUUUCGUUAAAUAACUAUUAGAUAUUUGUAACUUUGGUCAACAUUUAUACGGAUUUAAUAUCUUUAUUUCAAAAGGUGUUUUAGGCCGUAGUCACAAAUCCGUCUCAUAUACGAUGUCGAUCAGAGACAGCAGUUUAACCAAUCGGCGAAGGAUGUCCAUGCCAGUCAGAAAACAAACCCAUUUACUCGGUUGUAUUUUGCACAUUACCUUCUAUAUACUCGUACGACAUCCUGCUAAAACUAGAGCAUUGGCC